UGGAUACCGUAUUUAUCAUUAUCCUGUGACAAAAUACGAUGGUGUCAUCUAGGUUUUAAACAAUUAAUAUUUUUUCCUCGUUAGAUAUGGCUGCUUUUCGUAGCAACAUAUCAAUCUGUUUAUCAUUUUCUAAAUUCAUCAAAUGUUCCUUGUGAUAUAAAUUUAUCGUAUGUUUUUUUUUUCUGAGCUUAUUUUAACGAAGCCUAUAUAAAAUACCGGUGUUAUCUUUUGGCAGCGAGCUAUUUAAUCAUCUGAGAUUAUUUGACGCCGCUGAUUCUCUCUUAAGAUUCAAACGUGUGCACAAAUACUUUUAAGUGCAGCAUAGUAAAUGCAUUUUGCGAACUAUUUAAUCUAAUUGUGUUUAAACAAGUUGUGGUUGAGGCUUUUGCAUUCAUUACGAUGGAUUUAUUUUGGAUUUCUUUCGUUUUCAUUAGUGUAAUACAUACUACCACAAGUCAUUAUUCCUGUGGACCGUAUAGAAAAUGUCUAUGUUACUCUGACAAUAAAAUGGACUGUUCCAGGACAAUGCUUCCUCUGGGUCAGAUUUGUAAAGAAAUUGGUAACGUUACUCGGCCGAAUAUUACACGCUUGUAUGCUGAAUAUAAUGGUAUUAAUCAAGUAUGUUCAGCUUACUUAGAGGGAUGUGAGAGACUUACCAGUAUGUAUCUGACAGGAAACAAUAUUAGUGAAAUAAGUAAUAAUGCAUUCAACAAUUUCAAAAUUCUUAAAUUCCUUGACAUUAGUAAUAACAGUUUACGUGUAUACCGUGAGAAGGGAGAUCACAUUCUUGUGUUCCCAACUUCAUUAGAAACUCUGAUGUUGAAUGGAAAUUUCAAGCAUGAAGUGACAGGAAACGAAACAUAUCCAGACCUGCAAAACUUGUACCAACUAACAACGCUGCAGAUCGAUGGUUUGAAAAACACGCCUUUUCCAAAAUGUUACCGUUACAUCAGAAGCUUGAAAUAUUUAAAAGUGUCUGGAUUAAACGGAUACUGCAACUUGCCUCUGGUCACCAAUAAUACCUUUGAAAGUUUGCUACAUUUGCAAGAGUUAAAUAUAUCAUCAUGUAAUAUAACAAGUAUACAUGCAGGAGCUUUUCAGAAGCUUUCAAUGCUAGAAGUCUUAGACCUGUCUCAGAACAUGCAGUUAGGAUUUCAGAAUUUGAGAAACGUAUCAUUUGGUCUUCAAUUCACAAAUAUACAAGUAUUGAAUUAUUCAAAAGUGUACACUACGUUUGGAAUUGGUACACGGGUUCAGAAAAGAGAUAUCUGCUACCUUUGGAAUACAACCCUUCGAGAGUUUUCUGCUAACAGUAACCGUUUGAUAUUGUUCGAAACAAACGCAAUAGCGCUUCUCCCCAAAACACUUAACAUAGUACGCUUGGAAGAUAAUAAGUUUACAUUUUCUCUGUACCUUUUACAGGUAGUCUGUUUGUCAAACUUAACCGAGUUAUACUCCAAUAUGCAAAAUGCAGCUCACAAGCCGUCUUUAUAUUUUCAGCAGCCAGAAAAUCUAGUACCGAAAUAUGCUUCUGAUUUAGAUGAUUGCCCCUUUAUGAAAGAAAGUUUUUUGCGUAAUAUCAGUAACUCUAUUGAUGGAUGUCCUUAUUUUGAGCCAAACAAACGCAUAAACUUUAGCGAACAUUUACCAAGAUUUCCGAAAAAAUUGAAAAAAUUAUAUCUGGCUGACAGUACUCUUCAAUAUAACGUUACAUCCAUUUUUAUUAAUCCACCAAAUAAUGAAAUUGAAUACAUUGAUAUUUCUGGGAACGUCUUAUAUUCUUGGGCUGAACCUGUAGGGCCUUUUCCAAAAUUAAGAUAUUUAGACUUGUCACGUAAUUAUUGUUCAUACGUAAGGCCGAUUGCGACAAAAUAUCUUAGUUCGGUUGAAAACUUACAAUUUCAUCAAAAUUUUCUUGGAUUAGUUCUGUCUGAUGCAAAUGAAGGUUCACAAAUAUUUGAUAAUUUAACUAAUGUUAAAGUUCUAAAUCUUUCAUCAAAUAUUAUAAAGUACAUGGCACCAACUGUCUUUUCUAAGCUUACCAAACUUGAAAAACUAGAUCUUAGUGUAAAUAAUAUAGACGCUUGGACAGUUGAUGUCAGUAAUUUAAACAGUCUGAAGUAUUUAAAUUUGCGAUUCAACGCUCUCCGCAGCCUACCGCGAAGUCUUAGAACAAAAUUAGAAGAUAAUCUGAAACGGCAUGGAGGAAGAUUUAAAAUUGAUCUAAGAAACAACACCAUAGCUUGUACUUGUGAAGAAAAAGAUUUCUUGAAGUGGAUGCUUAAAUACAAAACUAGUAUGGUAGGCUUUAGAGGUUACAUUUUUCAAGAUAACACAGGAAAAAGAAUAUCAGCAGAUGUUUUCAUUGCAAUGGUGAAAGGACUUGAUAAAGAAUGCAAAUCAUACGUUCUGAUAAUAGUUCUCAGUUCCAUUGGCCUUUCUAUAUUUCUUGCAAUUUUGAUUGGAGCAUUGAUUUACAAGAACCGAUGGAAGCUUCGCUAUCUAAUCAGAUUGUCAAAAAUACGACAUUUUGGGUACAGAGACAUGACCAAUGAGACCGAAAACACUGAGUACAUAUAUGAUGCAUUCAUUUCUUACGCCGACGAGAAUUCGCAAUUCGUAUCGGACAAACUAGUUCCGUAUCUUGAAAAUCAGGGCUUAAAAUUAUGUUUACACGGAAGAGAUUUCCAACCCGGCAGAAACAUAAUCGACAACAUCUUACAGGCUAUAAGGAACAGUAAGAAAACAGUUACUAUAUUAUCAGACGAUUUCGUGAAAAGCACUUGGUGUAUGUACGAGUUCAACAUGGCAAGAAUGGACAAUGUCUAUUCACGUCAAGGAUCAAAUUGUUUAGUAGUGGUGAUGUUCGAAAAUAUUCCAGCCGGACAUAUGUCAAAUGAAAUGUUAAACUGGAUUCAGUUAAACACUUACCUGGAAUAUACCACGAAUAGCGAAGGUGAACAACUUUUCUGGCAAAGCCUGCACGAGGCAAUCGAAUGUAUUAACUAGAAGUUGAUUUAGAUUGAUAUGACAUGUAGAUGGUGAUUUAUAUUAACCACAUGUGAUACUAAGUACGAUAGUGAUCAAACAUUUAUAUCUACUAAGAAACUUUUCGUGACAAACUUGUGAAAAAAUACAAAUAUUUGAUUUAGUUUUCAAUAACCAGUAAACUUAGCAUGAACGGAAAUAAAUUAACAUGGAAGGCAUUUAAUGUAAAUAUUUACUUUAUAAUUCUGUUUUCUACUUUUGGUACUACAUGCGCUAUCAUUUAGAUAGUACUACAUGCGCUAUCAUUUAGAUUUGCUGCUAAUGUUUUUUUUAAUAAUAAUUAUAUGAGAAAUGUUGAAAGUGUUCAGUCCUCAGAAAGAAUCAUGAUGAGCGAAUACAAGAAUAUCUAAAUGUAGGGAUUUAAUCUAAACACUGUUUACACAAAGAAAAAAUAUGAAUUUGUUAAAAGAUUAUGAGCCUUGAUGCAGUGUAUUGCAUAACUAUGUAUUUUGAAUUUAUUGACAAAUACACAUGUGUGUUGGUUUUACAAAUUUUGUUAAAGGCAGCAUUGUUGAUUGGUUAUUUCAUUAUUGACAGGUUUAAUUUCCCUAAUCACUCUUCAGCGUUUAUCAAAUUUUCUUAGUACAAUGGGUUCAUAAGAUUGUAUCAACAAUGAUAAUAGGCAACCAAAAAUAAAAUUUGAUCGACACAUGUAAAUUGGUUCUGUUUAAAGGGUCGUUUUGGCUUUUACUGAUAUCAUUUCUGGGUACAUUUUUAGCUCGCCUGUCACGUAGUUUGUGAUCACCCUUCGUCAGUCGUCCGUCGGGGUCGUCCGUCCACAAUUUCUUGUGUACACGAUAGAGACCACAUUUUGUAAUCAAUUUUAAUCAAACUUGCACACAAUUUGUAUUGGCAUAAUUUCUAGGUUCUGUCAAACAGUGGCAAGAUCCCAUCAUGGGUUCCAGAGUUUUGGCUCCUUAAAGGGCCAAAAUUUGCUGUUAUGGCUUGUGAACACUAUAGAGAAUACAUUUUGAAAUUGAUAUUUAUCGAACUUGCACACAACUUUUAUUGGCAUAAUAUCUCGGUUCCUUUCGAAUACUGGCCAGAUCUCAUCAUGGCUUCCAAGGCGGUGCCCCACUGUGUUCCUUUGUUUGUUCGUUUUGUCCUUGUGUGUUGACUUUGUGUGCGCGCGUGUGUGUAUGCUUAUUGUUCGUCUUGUCCUUAUGUGUUGGCUUUGAGUGUGUGUGUGUGUGUGUUGUUCGUUUUGUCCUGAUGUGUAAGCUUUGAGUGUGUGUGUGGUGCACGCGUUUGCGUGCUGAGGGGUUCGUUUUGAGGAGGCUGCGCUUUUGGUGCGUGGCACUCCCUGUUUGAUAUUUUUCUUUGUUUUCCUGAGAUAUGGUCCCAUAUAAGGCGAAACAUUGCUAUUUUGGCUUUUGCAGCCAUAUAAAUAUUUCAUUUAUGGUUUGAUUUGAUAGAAACUUGCAAAAUAUCUUUAAAACAAGAUCUUAGAUUCCAUGAUGAAUCCGUCAGAUCCAAUCAUAGGUUUUUGAGAUAUGGCCCCUUACGAAAACCGGCUAGAUUCUAUAUGGGUUACUGUCCCUGAAAGGGUAAAAGAAUUUCUAUUUUGACAUUUUCAGCCAUAUAGAGGUUUCAUUCUUGCCAUGAUUUGAUGCAAACUUGCACAAAAUGUUUAUCUUGAUCUCUAGGCCAAGUUUAAAACUGGAUUAUGUAGGGUCAGAAACUCGGUCACCAGGUAAAAUCGAAGGGAAAGCUUGUUAACAUCCUAGGGGCCAUAUUUAUGACCAUAUCUUCAUGCAACUUGGUCAUCUUUAUGAUUCCAAUGCCAAGUCAAAAUGGGACAUAGGGGGUCAAAAACUAAGUCACCCGGCCAAAUCAAAGGAAAAGCCUGUUAACACCAUUGAGGCCACAUUAAUGACCUUAGUCAGAAUGUUUACCUUUAUGAUUCCAAUGCCAAGUCCAAAACUGGGUCGUGUGGAGUCAAAAAUAAAAGCCUACUUAAAUCAAAUGAAAAGCUUGUAAACACUGUAAAGACCCCCUUUACGGCCCUAUCUUCGCGAAACUUGGUUUGUUUUGAUGAUUCCUAGGCCAAAUUCGAAAUUGGGUCAUGUGAGUUCAAAAGCUGGGUCAUCACUCAAAUCAAAGGAAAAACUUGUUUUACAUAGACGUAUUUGUUAUCCCCCGACGAAAGUCGGAGGGAUAUAGUUUUGGCGUUGUCCGUCCGUCCGUCCGUCCGUCUUUCCGUCCUUCCAUCCGUCCGUCCGGAGCCAUAUCUAGGAAAUGAUUGGGAAUAUUUAUUUAAAACUUCAUAUACAUGUUCACCACUAUGAGUUCUUGCGGCCCGUCAAGUUUCAGUCAGAUUGGCCAAGUAACACCAGAGUUAUGGCCCUUAGAAGUUUCUAGUGUUAACUAUAUAGGGUACUAUAAAUAUGGCAAUUUCUGUAUCAUAACUUUUGAUAUAUUUCACCUAGAACUAUGAAACUUAAACAGAAUUUAGAUCACCAUAAUGUGGUUGUGUACACACAAUUUCGUUUGGAUUUAUUUGUAAAUUUAGAGUAAUUGCCCUUUAAUUGUAUAAAAAUCCACAUAUUUGUACAUAACAAACUUACCAUUUGGUAGAAUUUCAUUAAAUUUCUUUCAUUCUUUUCCAUGAACAUUUAUUGCAAACAUGUGAAGUUGUGUACCCACACCUGGUCACCCCCUUACCUUGAUCACACCCCCCCCCCCCCCCCCCCCCCCCCCCCCCCCCCCCCAAAAAAAAAAAAAAAAAAAAAAAAUCAUUAUUUUACAUUUUUUUCAGACAAACUUCAUAAACAUGUUCACCACUAUGAGGUUAUGGGGCCCAUCAAGUUUCAGACAGAUUGCCCAAGUAACACCAGAGUUAUGGCCCUUAGAAGUUUCUAGUGUUAACUAUAAUAUAGGGUACUAUAGAUCUAUAGAUAUGGCAAUUUCUCCAUGAUAACUUUUGAUAUAUUUGACCUUGAACUUUGAAACUUUAACAGAAUUUAGAGCACUAUAAUGUGGUUGUGCACACACAAUUUUGUACGGAUUUCUUUUGUAACUUCAGAGUUAUUGCCCUUUAAUUGUCUAAAAAUCCACAUAUUUGUACAUAACAAACUUACCAUUUGGCAGAAUUUCAUUAAAUUUCUUUCAUUCUUUUCUGUGAACAUUUAUUAUAAGA